CGCGGGAGGAGGCGGGGGUGGAGAGGCCCCCGGACCGCGAGCGGCAGCUGGGGAGGGGGCCGCGGAGCCGGAGCGCGAGAAACAGCUGAUCCGAUUUUCCUUAAAGCGAGAGAAAAUGGAAGUCGGGUAGCGGUGACUGAGGCGCUGCGGGCUGGCCGAGCGGAGCGGCACGGCGCGGCAGAGCUCUCAGGGGCUGUGAUCUCAUGCCAUUCACUGGGGCAAUAAUGGGCCAUUUCCAGCAGGGACGAUGCUGCGUUGCCCCCGGUGCCUAACUGCCACCCACCUCCAGAGAAUCUCAGUGUCUGAAAAGGAAGGGGCCGGAGGCUCCAGGAUGAGCUUGGAUGGUGGCAGUGACCAAAGAAGAGGCUCUCCUGGCCAAGGCCCCAGUACAUGGAGAGAAGGAAGACAGCAAUCUUCUAAUUGGAGCCAUAUACAUUAGAUGGAUGGUUUCUAGCCUGCUUCCAAACCCCACCUCGGCUGAGUGUUGGGCGGCCCUUCUACACGAUCCUAUGACUCUUGAUAUGGACGCAGUCCUGUCAGACUUUGUUCGGUCCACGGGGGCAGAACCUGGUCUGGCCAGAGACCUGCUGGAAGGCAAAAACUGGGACCUGACGGCCGCUCUGAGUGACUAUGAGCAGCUCCGACAGGUGCACACAGCCAACCUGCCGCCUGUGUUCAACGAGGGCAGGUGCCCCAAGCAGCCCGAGCGAGAGCACCCCCCACCUGCGCACACGGCCGAACGGCCCUGCCCGCCCAGGCAGGACGACAUCGCCCAAGAGAAGCGGCUCUCGCGCGGGAUCUCCCACGCCAGCUCAGCCAUCGUGUCCCUGGCGCGGUCCCACGUGGCGAGCGAGUGCAGCAACGAGCAGUUUCCACUGGAGAUGCCCAUCUACACGUUCCAGCUGCCGGACCUGAGCGUGUACAGCGAGGACUUCCGGAGCUUCGUGGAGCGAGACUUGAUCGAGCAGGCGACAAUGGUGGCUCUGGAGCAGGCGGGUCGCCUGAACUGGUGGUCCACCGUGUGCACGAGCUGUAAACGGCUUCUUCCUUUGGCCACGACAGGGGACGGGAACUGCCUUUUACACGCUGCCUCACUGGGAAUGUGGGGCUUUCACGACCGGGACCUGGUUUUGCGGAAAGCUCUCUACACCAUGAUGAGGACGGGGGCCGAGAGGGAGGCCCUGAAGCGAAGAUGGAGGUGGCAGCAGACGCAGCAGAACAAGGAGUCAGGGCUGGUGUACACGGAGGAAGAGUGGGAGCGAGAGUGGACAGAGCUGCUGAAGCUGGCCUCCAGCGAGCCACGCACGCACAUCAGCAAGCACGGCGGCUCGGGCGGGGGCAUGGACAACGCCGAGGACCCUGUGUACGAGAGUCUGGAGGAGUUCCACGUUUUCGUCCUUGCCCACAUAUUAAGGAGGCCCAUCGUCGUUGUAGCAGAUACGAUGCUGAGGGACUCAGGCGGGGAAGCAUUUGCUCCAAUCCCCUUCGGAGGGAUUUACCUGCCCUUGGAGGUGCCUCCCAACAGAUGCCACUGCUCACCUCUGGUUCUUGCCUACGACCAAGCGCAUUUCUCUGCCCUUGUGUCCAUGGAGCAGAGAGACCAGCAGAGAGAACAAGCCGUGAUCCCCCUGACGGAUUCAGAGCACAAGCUGUUGCCUCUGCACUUUGCGGUGGACCCCGGGAAGGACUGGGAGUGGGGGAAAGACGACAAUGAUAACGCCCGGCUGGCCCACCUGAUCCUGUCGCUAGAAGCCAAGCUGAACCUUCUGCACAGCUACAUGAAUGUGACGUGGAUCCGGAUCCCCUCUGAGACCCGGGCCCCUCUGGCGCAGCCGGAGUCCCCGACGGCCUCGGCGGGGGAGGACGUGCAGUCCCUGCCCGACUCGCUGGACUCGGACCGCGACUCGGUGUGCAGCAACUCCAACAGCAAUAACGGCAAGAAUGGCAAGGACAAGGAGAAGGAGAAGCAGCGCAAGGACAAGGACAAGACCCGCGCGGACUCUGUGGCCAACAAGCUGGGCAGCUUCAGCAAGACGCUGGGCAUCAAGCUGAAGAAGAACAUGGGCGGCCUGGGCGGCCUGGUGCACGGCAAGAUGAGCCGCGCGAACUCCGCCAACGGCAAGCACAGCGACCCGCCCGAGCGCGGCAAGGAGAAGAAGGCCAAGGCGCGCAAGGGCAGCAAGGAGGAGUCGGGCGCCUCGGCCAGCACGUCGCCCUCGGAGAAGACCACGCCGUCGCCCACGGACAAGACGGCGGGCGCGUCGCCGGCCGACAAGGGCGGCGGGCCCCGCGGCGACGCCUGGAAGUACAGCACGGACGUGAAGCUGAGCCUCAACAUCCUGCGCGCCGCCAUGCAGGGCGAGCGCAAGUUCAUAUUCGCCGGCCUGCUGCUCACCAGCCACCGGCACCAGUUCCACGAAGAGAUGAUCGGCUAUUACCUGACCAGCGCGCAGGAGCGCUUCAGCGCCGAGCAGGAGCAGCGGCGCCGCGAUGCCGCCGCCGCCGCCGCCUCCACGGCCAAGCGGCCGCCGCGCAGGCCAGAGGCCGAGGGCGCGCCGGGCCCCGAGCGCGCCUCGCCGGGCCCGCCGGGCGCGCGGGACGAGGCGUGCGCCCCGGCCGUGGGCGCGCUGCGGCCGUGCGCCACGUACCCGCAGCAGAACCGCUCGCUGUCGUCGCAGAGCUACAGCCCGGCUCGCGCCGCUGCCUUGCGCACCGUCAACACGGUCGAGUCGCUGGCGCGCGCCGUCCCAAUAACCCUGCCCAGCGCGGCGGGGGCGGCGGGCGCGGCCGAGCCCAAGUCGCAGACCUACACCAACGGCUUCGGCGCGGCGCGCGACGGCCUGGAGUUUGCCGACGCCGACGCGCCGGCCGCGCGAUCGAACGGUGAGGGCGGCCGGGGCGGCCCCGGCGCGGGGCCGGCGCAGCGGCGCUGCCAGCGCGAGAACUGCGCGUUCUACGGACGCGCAGAGACCGAGCACUACUGCUCGUACUGCUACCGCGAGGAGCUGCGGCGGCGGCGCGAGGCGCGCGCGGCCCGGCCCUGAGCGCGCGCCGCGGCCCCGCCGCCUGGGCUGUCCUCUCCACGCUGUUGGUGUCUCCUCCGCGCCCUGGUCCACCGGGAGGCCGGCGAUCCUCUGUCCGUGCUGUGUACGUGUUUGGUCAAACGUUCCUAAUGGUGCCUGAACCUACACUGACGCCACUCAGGUAGUAGACGGAUAGGAAACAAGUCAUACUGUUGGAAGUGGGUGUGCUAGCUAGCAUCUGCCUCGUACCUGUGGAAACUCAAUAGCCAUUGCAAGGGUAUUUUUGUUCUUCAAUAAGAGAAAUAAAGAAAUUUGCAGCCCUUUGUUUUUAGAAGGGAGUGUUUUACAUGCCUUUUUUUUUUUUUUUUUUCUUUUUUCCCUAACCCGGCGACUGACCUCUUCCAUGUAGCGGUCACCUGCGUGCGCUUGUUGCCACCUAGGAUUUCGAAGCAAACGCGCGGCCCCGGGACCGCGGUGGAGGCUCUGCCUCGGGCUCCCACCUGUGCCCCUCCCGGGUCCCUGGAGGACAGGGCGGUUGGCCUCCCACUGGCGCCCUGGUGGUCCCUGUGACCCUUUAGGAAUACACGGCUCCAUCUCAUAAGCAAAACCUCCUCCCACAGUCCCCGGCUCGAGCGACAUUCACACUGCCAUCAAAGUCGCGGGCGUCUGUAGGAUGGGCACCGGACAACCUACCUCGCAGGGCGCGGUGAGGUGUAGCGAUCACUCCCGGUGCCGGGCAGCUCAGGCGACAGGAGCUUUCCAAAGACACCUUGGGGCCCAAAGGCAAGGUUCCCAACUCACAAUUUGGAGUUGACCAUAUAUGAGCAAAGAUGACAGCCUGCUCACAUUUCUCCUUCGAAGACACUUCCACAAUGCUCUGUCACCAGAGUGGCCCCUAGGAAGCGACCAUCGGUGCCCCAGGAGAGAGGCGAGAACUUGACCCUGCGGUCACUGUGUAAGCCCCCUCUAAGCCGCCCUGAAACCCGGCCUGCGCCUCUUUCCAGAGGGGAGGGGCUGAGGGCCGCCGGGAAGGAAGCCCACCCCCACCUCCACCUCCACCCGCAUCUGUCUGGGAUCAGCCAGGUGGAGGGGCACCGCUCCCAUCGGGGUCCCCUCUGCAGGGUGCGGGUAACCCUGACUGUGGCUCCAGAGCACAUAAGGGGCAGCCCCAUCCCUGAGCGGUCCCUAUUUUGGUGCCUCCUUACAUUUCUUGAGGAAAAAAUAAUGUGUCCUUAGCUACCCUGUUCUGAGCAGCAAUAUGCAGCGUCUUCCUUCCAAGAUUACCUCUGGAGAAUACCGUUCUUGGCCAAGGACACUGAGGCGUUAAACCUGCCUCACUAAGGAAAGAUCUCGUUUCCAAGAAAUACAGAUACGAUGGGUAAAAUCCUCACUAGCAAAAGAAUCCUUUAAAACCUGUGAGAGCCUUAGAAUAGCCUCUAAUAAUCCCAAGAAAGAGAGGAGAAAGCACCCAGCUUCUCUGUGGGUGUAUCUUCAGAAAACACAGGAGGUAGACCAUCUCUUCAUUGGCGCCAGCUUCUCCUUCUCCAGAAAGGAUGCUUUCCCCCGAGAUAAAGAACAGAAAGAAAAAAAAAAAUACGGAAGGGGAUUUUUGUUUUUACUUGUUUGAAGAAUUAUUGAUAUAAUAAACUAAUUUGAGUAUCUCCUGUGAGUAAUUUCUUUUUGUUUUUAAUUAUCCACAGCACGUGGAGUUUUCAGUAAUUUAUUCAAGGUUUACAUAAGUGGUUCCUUAAAAUUAUUUAUUAAAUAGGAUCUUAAAUUUUUCGAAAGUUUUACUUUUCGUGCUAAAUGAUACUUUCAGUGUGUGGUAAUUACUAACAUUCAUGUCCUUCAUAUUACUGGGGUUUCUUUUGUUAAAAAAAAAAGUAGUUUUUAAAAAUUCUCUCCUCAAGAGGGUUUGUGGCAGCUUUUUGGACUGAUUCUUCACGUCAUGCUGACCAACUGCUUUGCCAUCCAAAGCUGUGAGGUCAUGGAAAAUAAAUAUGGCUUCAUGUGUAGACGCCAGUUCCUGCCCUGCAUCUCACAGAAGGUGGAACAGCCAGCCUGGAAAAUGCUCCCCUGCGCAUUCAGAAACCAAACACACACGCACAGGAAGUCAAGGAGGCAGAAAGUAAUCUCGUGUUUGUUUUUUAAUUUUUUUAACAUGAAAACAGCCAACCAGAAAUUUCCAAAACGGGCUGUGCAAGUAUUUUAUCUUUCUCAUGCUCUCUGCCAGGUUAAAAAAAAAGAAAGAAAGAAAAAAAAAGGCAAACUGAGAAUACAAAUGGUCCAUUUGUAGUACCAGAGGAAAAAGGAAAACCUUUAAAACCAGGCAGUGUUAUUUGUAGGUAAUAUCAAAAAACAGUGACCUGUUCUAGCUCCUCGGAUUUCAGGGUCACCACCACCACACCCACAUCUGACAUAUAUGCCAUAAAUAAGAGCCUGAGAUCCAACCCCAGACCCCACCCCCC